AUGAAGCUAUCUCUGUCCCUCGCCUUCUUGGCUGCCACUGCCGUCCAUGGAUUUGCCCCUUCCACCGUGGGUUUCCGCGCCACAACCAGCCUGAAAUCCGUUGAUCGUCCCGAUGCCUCUGCGGCCAUUGAAGCCGCUAUGGCAGCCACCAAGGAGUUUGGAGCUACCUCCACUGAAGCCCGCAUGGCAUGGGAGACUGUCGAAGAAAUGGAUGCCGCUGACACCAGUGCUGCCACCGGUGGUUCCUUGGAUGAAUGCGAGACAGAAGGAGAUGCCAGCGACGCCUGCAAGGAAUACGGAGAAAAGUUGGAUGCACUUGCCGAUUUGAUGAAGACACAAGGCAAAUUUGUCGAACAAAUGAAGGGAUUGACCGAUGAACUGCAGAAGAUCAAGGUAUCUUCAGCACCCGCCCCCAAGGCACAGGAUUCUCCCGAGCUCCGGGCUGCCGUCAAGGCUGCCAAGGCCGCCAGUGAAGAAUUUGGAGCUUCCUCUCCCGAAGCCGCUGUUGCCUGGGAUACCGUGGAAGAAAUUGCUGCCGCUGGUAACUCCAACGCUUUGGGUGGAAGUUUGACCGACGAAUGCCUGGUAGAAGCCAUGGAGGCUUGUGAGGCAUUGGAUGAAUUGAACCGAGUCCUGAGCCUCAACGCCGGUGAUGGAUCCCGAUACAGCGGUUAA